AUGGCUUUCUAUUUUAUUGACAUUUUUUCAAAUAUUAGAUUAAAAGAUAUUGAAUUAUUUGCAGAACUUUAUCAAACAUUAUCAACCGAAUUUUCGCACAUCAUCAAACCUAAUAAUGAUAGAUUAGCAUCGUUGUUAUAUUAUAAAGGCUUGAAAUUUAAACAAUUCAAACCGCAAUUAGAUAAAGAAGAAAUUAUCAAUUUAUACUCAAAAGAAUCACCAUUAUACUAUAUUGCUUGGGAUAAAUUUGAUGGUCUUAAAUAUGGAUUUCCAAACCUUGAAGUUAAUUCUAAAAUUAAUUCAAUAUCUCCACUUGAUUGCGCAAUUAAAUACGGAUCAGAAUUAUGUUUCAAUUAUUUGAGAAACCAAGGUGCAAAAUACACUGCAGAAUCAUCAAGAUAUGCUAUUCAAAGUGGUAAUCAAAAUAUUUUUUCACAAAUGUUAUAUGAUGGCCAAUCAUUUGAUAACAUGAUCGAUAUAGCAUUGGAUUAUCAUAAUUUUGAAAUUGCAGAAUACCUUAAAUCGAAUUUAGGCCAAGUUCCUUCUUCAAUUGCAGAAAGCAUGUAUUAUGGUAAUUAUGAUAUUGCUUCUUAUUUACUCACUAAUGGAGCAAAUAUUAACAAAGCAUAUAAUAAUUUUCGUUUCAUAUCUAUCAAUGUAUCAUGGAAUUCUACUUGUUUUUCAUAUUAG